AUGAAUCGGGCGGCAGCAGAUGAGACCACCGAGAUCACCGAGACCACUGAUUUCAGAGGGGAGAAGGCAAGUCGCGAAGGUGCCACCGAGAAGACUGAGACCGCUGUCGAGAGAAAAUACGUCUUCCGACGUCGGCAAGCCACUCCCGACAAAGAUACCGGUCGCACCGGCGUCUCGACUAACCCUGCAAGGAAAGGCAACAAAACUGUCACCAGGCCAUCGUCCGCGUCUUCCACCGCAGAUACCGACAAGGAACCCGCGGAAGCAACCACGCCACCCAUUGAGACAGUAGUCGACUCGACCUCGCCGACUCCAGGGUUGACCAAGAAAGCCACUAAGAAAACAAAGGCGAGUAGUGCUACCAAAAAGGCUAUCUCCAAACUCACCACCGCAACGACAACGCCAUCCCUCACUGAGGCAGCAGUCAACGUGACCUCGCCGACCGCCAGGCUGACCAGGAAACCUGCUAAGAAAACAAAGGCGAGUACUGCUACCAAAAAGGCUAUCGCCAAGCUCAGCACCGCAACGACAACGUCAUCCAAGGCCACAAUCAAUGUGACCUCGCCGCCUGCAAGGCUGACCAAGAAACCCGUUAAGGAAACAAAGACGAGUAGGGCCAGCAAAAUGCCUAUCGCUAAGCUCACCAUCACUACCACAAAGAAACUUGCGAAAGCUAGGAAGAAGACGACGGCUCAAGGAUUGCCACCCGAGCUGGGUAAGAGGCCGCUCGUGUGCGCGUACGGCAACGGCAGUCGCGACGCGAUGGUGUUCCCUACGGACGGCCUGUGCGACGCCGUGUUCUUCGACUCGCUGUACAAGUACCCCGGCUACGUGCUCGCCAGUGUGGACGACGGCUCACUGAUGCCACUGCGCCGCUUUCUCAACCACGCCAGGAAGUACAAGCGGACCCGCUUCGGCAUGGGGGUCGCCGCAAAGUACGUGGAAAUGGCGAAGGCCGAGUUCUUGUCUAACACAGCCGAGAGACACCACCUACCGUACUUGUGGGCCAACAAGGUGUACGACCUGGGCGUUCUCGAUUUCAUUCCUGACGAAACGACGACAGACGACCAAGUGAAGCUGGUCUUCGACUUGCUCAAGGACUACAAGCAACUUCGAACUUUAAUACCGAUGUGGAGCGGACUGAAAGCCUACGUGGUUCUUGGUAUUGCACUGUUCAAGAAAUACGACAGCAUCUACGAGGCCUUCAAAAGUCGAAUGGGAGAAAAACCUGUGGACGUGCUAAUACUGCGCACUCACUUCAGCGGACGAGAUGACGCGCGAGAGGAUUGCGUCAUACAGGGCUCCACGUACUGGAAGGGUUCCCUCACGCAAUACCAUCCUAGCCUGAACUACACGUUGAUGUAUAUGGGCAACAACAAGGAAACCCUGGCAAGCACGAAGACGCUGAUAUCCAUGUCCCUAGCCGGGCGCUGGUACAGAUCCAAGGUUGGCGGCCAAAACAAGAGUGCCUACAUGAUCGGGGUCAGAUGUAAGCCGUACAUGAGCGAGGAAUAUCUGUACGAGCUGCAGAGCUUUACUUACAUCACAGAACAUCCAUCGUACGGGCCAAACCACACGUUCUUCGACGAGAAGCGUUUUGUGAUGGUCUCCUACGACCCGGUCAAGGGAUACGCUCUCAUCUUCGACUCCGCAGCCACGAUAUACAUGAAGAUGUGCCUGUCCUACACCGACCAAGGCGCCUUGCCUUUCGGCCUCGCGCUGUUCGACGCCGAGUACGACGACUGGUCCAAAAAAGUCAACAACACCGGCGGCUUCCCUCUCAUCCGCUCGGCUAGGAAAGCCCUGAACGACAUCGAGAAUAACACCGCAGGCGAUUCCACUAAGUCUAUGAAAUGCGUAGCUCCCAAAUAA